UUCAAUUACGGCGACUUUCUCAUCUUCGAAGAGUGUUCAAACACGAAUCAAACAAAACAAAGAAAACGAAUAAAAAGUUCCGAUCUUUGACGAACACAGAGAAACAUAAGAAGAAUUGCAAUUUUGUGAAUUUUGGUCAUCUCUGUCUUUGAAAAAGAGAAAAAAACAGAGAGAGAUUUGCGGUGACAAUCAAUCAAAAAGCUAGAAACUUUAGAGUAAACAGAGAAUGUCGAAUCCGAUGUUCCCGGAGAAAUGGGAGGAGAGCUCAACAAGUAAAAGCAGCAGAAGAGUUCAUAAAAGGAGAGAGAGGAAGAUGUGGAAGAAACCCAUCAAGCUUUCUAGAUUUCCCAGUUUCGGUUUCUCCGGUUCCGACUUCACUCUUGAUCAGAUUCCGGCCAUCUUCUCCGGCUACACUGCCGAGUCUGAAGAUUCCUCUUCCUCCGAGAUGUCUGAUGAUUCCAGAACUUACUCGAAAUCAUCUGAUGAGAAUGAGGAGCUUGACCAGGAAAGGCCAAGAUCGGUGAAGAGACGAGCGAAAUCGAAGAGUAUUUCACGAAUUUCAAGCAUGAAGGUUCUUAGGAGACAGUCAACGAGGACAUUAUAUGGAGCAGGACAGAGAUUGAAGAAGAUGAGAUCUAUGAAGCGUUUAACUUCAAAUUCGAGACAAAUUCUAAGGAAAAAGAAUCUUGAUAGGGGAGAUUUUGGAUUGUUACAGCCUCAUUACUUGAGACCAACGAGCUCUUCUGCUUCAAAGAAUGUCGAAAACAAUCAGAAGAAUCUUGGAGCAGCUAGGUUGAAGAGAAUAGCAAGCUUGAGAUACAAUGGUUUGCUUAAAGCUACAUGUUCUUCAGCUAUGAAAGGUUCUUCUUCUAAGAGGAGUAAUGAUGUUUGCACUUAUAGGUAUUGUUCUCUGCAUGGUAGGCGUCAUAGCCACGCUGCGGAUAACAAUGCUGGUGUUCCCUCUUUGAAGCGGUUUGUGUCGAUGAGGAGGAAGUUUAUGAAUAGGCAGAAGAGUGUGAACCGGAGGUUGGUGUUAUUGAAGAGGACUUUGAGUAGAAAGAGAGGGCCUUUAGGUGGUCGGGUUGUGACUGAUCAAGAAUCAAAGGAGGUGGAUGAUAAUGUAGAUGGAGAUUCUGAUGAAGAGGUGUUUGAAGAAGAGGUUUCCAGCUCUGUGGAUGGUGGAAAUGAUAAUGAAUCGAUUGGAAGAUCUAGUGAGACAGUAAUGGUUGAUGUUGAUGAUAAUGUGGAUAGAGGAAUGGAUGCAAUGGAGACUGUUGCAUCAAAGGUUCAGGAAUCUAAAACGGAGACUGUAGGUGCCACACUAUGGCGCGCUAUAUGUGAGCAAACUGUGACGGGUCACGAUCAUGAUGAUGGUAAGGUCGAUGGAACGACGAGUGAUGGAACUGUGGGAGAUAAUGAAGAAGUUUGCAGAGAAGGUUCCUCUGGAGAAUUGAGAGAAGAGGAUGGAAAGAAAACCGAAUAUGUAUGGAAUGAAACUGUAACGCUCGUUAAGCAAGCGUUUGAUGAGAUACUUGCGGAAAUCACCGAUGAUGACUCGUCUGAUGAUAUUUCUAUGACGAAGGAUGAAGCUUUAGAGGUUGGAUUGGGGGAAGAAGAUGUAGGAGCGGAUUCGAGUGAUUCAAGUUGCUCGGAUAUGCAGCCUGUUAUAGAAAGAGAUACACAUUUGUCUGUGAUUGCUUCUACUUUUCAUAUGAGAGAUGAAUUUGGUCAUCAGAGAGGUCCCAAGAAGUGGAGUUACUUGAAAAGAGUAAUACUUCUCAAGAGAUUUCUCAAGUCUUUGGACCGAAAAGAGAGGCGUAAGUUAUCUGAUGGCAAAGAGAGUGAAACAAUAAUGCGGUUGAGAAGAGAGCUGGUUGGGGAGAGGAAGAAUGCAGAAGAAUGGAUGCUUGAUCACGCACUUAGGCAAGUCAUUUCGACACUUGCUCCAUCGCAGAAAAAGAAAGUAAAACAUCUUGUUAAAGCUUUUGAAAGUUUAAUCCCAAUGGAUGGUGGUUCUAGAGGUCAUGAUGAUCUUGUAAGUCCUGCAAGAGAAGAGAACGAAACAGUGAACUCGCAAACGCAAACGAUCUUGAGAGACAAUAAAGACGCUACUGAUAUACUAGAAGUUUCACCAGCAAAGGAUCUUGAAGAAACAAACUUAACUUGUGAAGCAUCAUCCUUUUUGUCUAUUGAUAUGAAAUCUGAUGAAGAGAACGAAACAGUGAACUCACCAACGAUCUGGAGAGACAAUGAAGACACUACUGAUCUACUGGAAGUUGUACCAGCAAAGGAUCUUGAAGAAACAAACUUAACUAGUGAAUCAUCAUCAUCUCUGUGUAUUGGUAUGAAAUCUGAUGAAGCUUUGGAAUCAACAGCAGAUGCAAGUUUAUGUAAUCAUCUUGCUGUGGAAGAAGAAGUAGAUGGGUUGGCUUUGGGUUCGUUUAUAGAAGAAGAAGAAAAGAAGGGAGAAUCUGAAAAGCAAAAUCUUUCUACAUGGAGGAACCUUAUACAGAAGCACAUGGUCAUGAGAGACAACAGCGAGGGAAAUCGUAAUGAAACUGAGCAAGAACACAAGUGGUCCUAUGGAACUGAUCAGAUGACAGGUAUUGAUGAUGCUAAUGCUGCAGCUGUUAAAUCGAUUCAGCUAGCAUUUGAAACGAUUCUCUCGGAGAUACCUGACUCAUCGUCCGACGAAGAGAGUGUUUCGGAAUCAUCUAACUCUCUUAAAGAGGAGAAAGAACAUCAAGGAGAGACCAAGAGGAGCUGGAACAGCUUGAGAAAGGUUAUACUUUUGAAAAGAUUUGUGAAAAGCUUGGAGAAAGUACAGGUUCCUAAUCCGAGAAAGAUGCGUAAUCUUCCUGUUGAGUCUGCAUUUGAGGCAGAAAAUGUAUUCCUGAGACACCGAUCAAUAAUGGAAGGAACAAGAACAGAAGGAGAGGAAAUGAUGCUGGAUUAUGCUCUGAGACAAGCGAUAUCAAGAUUGGCUCCUAUACAGAGAAAGAAGGUAGACCUCCUUGUGCAAGCCUUUGAUAUUGUCCUUGAUGGCCAUGAUACACCUAAACAAACCAAGAACAGUGAUACUCCCCGGAACAAUGAUGAAACUAAAGAAGGAAAACCGAGAGUAGAGGAAGGUUGUGAAGUCAACAAAGAUGAGCAGAAGAUUAAAAAUGUCUUUGCAAGAUUUCAGGUACAUCAAAAAGACUUGAAAGGAGAAGAGGAGGUUCAUAAUACGCCUAAGGAAUCCAGAAAUUUGCCUCCUAUCAGAAAUUUUAAACAGCGAAUCGUGGUUGAGAAAGGGAAAGACUCGAGAAUGUGGAAGCUCAUCUAUAAACACAUGGUAACAGAGAAAGAAGGAAUUGAUUCUGCAAAUGCUGAAUCAGUGGCUUCAGUUGAAAGUGAAUAUGAUGAUGAGGCUGGUGGUCUUCAGAUUGAUGCAAGAAGAAGCGGAACAGUUACACUUGUUAGAGAAGCGCUUGAGAAAAUUCUCUCUGAAAUUCCGGAUAACUCAUCUGAUGAUCAGUCUAUGGACAGUGAUAUAACUACGGAGCAAGAACUAUUUGAAAGAAACUCUCAAGUCAGUGAAGAAAAGAGUGAAGUUUCUUCAGCUACCUUCAAACCAAAGUUUACUGAGAAAAGAGUGAAGGGAUGGAACAAUGUGAAGAAAGUCAUUCUUCUAAAGCGAUUUGUUAGUGACUUAGGAAGUCUGACAAGACUCAGCCCCAAGACACCUCGUGUUUUGCCAUGGGAACCCGAUCCAGAAACCGAAAAGAUCCGUUUGAGGCAUCAGGAAAUCGGAGGGAAGAGGAAUUCAGAGGAAUGGAUGCUCGAUUAUGCUCUACGACAAGCCAUAUCGACAUUAGCACCGUCUCAGAAAAGAAAAGUCUCUCUUCUUGCACAAGCUUUCGACACUAUAAGCUUACAAGAUAUGGGGAGUGGUUCAACCCCGGGGUCAGCAGCAUCGUCCAGGAACAUCUCUCGUCAAUCCAGCAUUUCUUCUAUGGCGGCCCAUUAUGAAAAUGAAGCUAAUGCUGAGAUCAUUAGAGGAAAACUGAGAAAUCUCCAAGAAGAUCUCAAAGAGAGUGCAAAACUUGAUGGUGUAUCCAAAGAUUUGGAAGAGAAACAACAGUGCUCGAGCUUGUGGCGGAUAUUAUGCAAACAGAUGGAAGACAACGAGAAAAACCAAACAUUGCCUGAAGAAACAAGAAAAGAAGAAGAAGAAGAAGAACUGAAAGAAGACACAAGUGUGGAUGGUGAAAAGAUGGAACUUUACCAAACCGAAGCAGUGGAACUAUUAGGAGAAGUCAUAGAUGGAAUCUCUCUUGAAGAGAGUCAAGAUCAGAACCUAAACAAUGAAGAAACAAGACAGAAGAGUGAAACUCUACAGGUCUCAAAAGUGAGGAUUGACCGAUGGAGCAACCUCAAAAGAGCGAUUUUGCUUAGGAGAUUCGUCAAAGCCUUAGAGAAUGUAAGGAAAUUCAACCCAAGAGAGCCUCGGUUCUUGCCUCCGAACCCCGAAGUUGAAGCGGAAAAGGUGAAUCUUAGGCAUCAAGAAACCCAAAACAAGAAAAAUGGCGAUGAAUGGAUGGUCGAUAACGCACUUCAAGGAGUGGUUUCGAAGCUAACACCAGCUCGCAAACUUAAAGUUCAGUUAUUGGUGCAAGCGUUUGAGUCACUUUCGGCUACAGGGAACUGAGACCAAGCAAUAUUUCUUAUUACAAAGUUUCCAGUUCAUAAGCUUCAGAAAACAAAGAACCAUGAAGAACAAUAUCUAAAAGACUAAUCAAGGAACCGGAAGAUAACUAAAGGCAUUUUAUUUGCUCUUGCAAAUUAUCUCAUGUGUUUCUUUGUCUUUUGUUCUUGCAUUGAUUCAUUAUUUUGAUUAAAAUGGAUUCAAUUACAGAGUUGUCAAAACUCUUUGAGUUUCGUCUAUAUACACAUUCUCUUGAUUUUGAUGAUAUAAAAGAAAUAAAACAACAGUAUAUACUCAGUGUGAUAUUAGAGCUGAGAUAGUUGUCAUUUGUGUUGUUGUAUGAUCAAUGAAUUCAAAAAUAAAAUAUUUAAAAUAAUAAUACGAA